AUGGAGCCGAAAGGCGAUAUCGGUCUGCAGUAUAAAUUUCUGCUCAAAGUGUUAAGGCGAAUGACAGAAUAUUACGACAAUUACCGAAAGGAGAAGAUAAAACAGGGAGCCGAGCAGAGAAUGAGCACAAAAGAAAGCAUGGAGAGGAGUGCAGCUGCAGCCCCACACUUCUCCACUGCAUCCGUUAUCCCUCCCAGCGAGGUCGAAUCCAUAAAGCCGAACAAGGCAGCCGGUCUGGACCGAAUCCAUGUCGACGAACUAAAAGCCAGUGGUGAAACGACAACAAAAACACCUAGUCCACGAUUCACCUGGCAUCUGGAAACAGGUACAAUACAAGCAAAGUGGAUCUAA